AUGAACAAACAAUCCUAUGACGUUCAGUCACCAGAGCUGGCCAGACAUGCAGAGAAAGACAGUAGUGGGAUUGUGGGACAUUUGGUUCGCAGCAAGCGCAAGUUGUCAGAGUUCCAAGCGCGAUCGCAUUUGGCAACUUCGGCCGCCGGCAAAUCUAAUAUCCCGUUUGCGCGGUGCAAUGGCGGUGCGGUGAUGGCGGAUGGCGGCGCGGGCGCAGAGGGCGGCGGGGCUGGGGAGAGCGCAGCGCGCGGCGCGGCGCUGGAGCGCGCGUACGUGCACGACGUGUACGAGCAGGCGGGCGCGGCCGACGAGCCCGCACCGCCCGCGCCUGCCGCCAGCGCCUUCCUCGCCGACCUAGACCCCGGCAGCCUCGUCUGCGACGUCGGUUGCGGCAACGGUAAAUACCUGAGCGUGAAUCCGUCCGUGUUCGCCGUGGGUGGUGACCGAUGCACGCGCCUGGCGGCGCAGGCGCAUCAAAGUAACGACGAGGUAGUGGUGUGUGACAACAUGUGUCUGCCGUUCCGCGAUGAGUCGUUUGACGCAGUGCUCUCAAUUGCGGUGGUGCACCACUUCGCGACAGUUGAGCGGCGCGCCAUGGCGUUACGGGAGUUGGCGCGCGUCACUCGCAUCGGUGGACGCUUGCUGCUCACAGUCUGGGCCAUGGAGCAUGAAGGACGCAACUUCCACUCGCAGGACGUAUUAAUACCGUGGCACCGGCCAGCAACACUCUGUCCACCUACGCCUGCACCUCGGUUUCUAUCAGUCGAUCACGAUCAGAACGGAGACCCUUGGAAAAGUCGUGAUGGUUCGCCGGGCUCAUCGUCUCUCUCAUCACCCAAUGAAACAUGCUAUUCUUUUGUACGGCGAGCUUUGCAACGACUCGCAGGACGUCGUUCCUUCUUACCUUCGUGGAGUCUAGCAAGAGUACCACCACGACCCUGCACUCGACCUGAACCACCCGCCGCUGACUUACCAAUCGAGUUGAGACGAUUAGAUGAAGCACUGCCAUCCAGACUCGUUACCCAGUCUUCUGAUGCAUCUGCUAUGAAAUCGAGGAGCCUAACUGACAUCGCCGAUAUUGAACAUAGAGCUCUUGCGCGAUCUAGGUCUAGCUUACCGAGUUUGGGAAUGGACGAACAUGAUUUGCUACCACCCCAAGCUCCAGCUCCCGAAGUUCCUGAACCUAGAAAGAAACCCCGACUAGUCAAACAAAAAAAAUCGAUUAACGAAGAUGAUGCAGAAGAGGAUCUCGACAAACCCACUGAUAUGAAAAGUAUGGUCGAGGAAAUGCCUAAUUUUAAAAUUCACACACAUCGACAACAAUCAAAAAGGCCUGGACGCGUAUUCAAACAAACUUCAUUGAACGAGGAAUUGAUGUCUGUAGAAAGGUUACGGGAAAAAGAACGAUUAAGAAAGAACAUUCAAAAGCAAGCGAGCCUUAAUGAAGAGUAUUUGUACAGAAGACCAGGGGCCUUGGACUCGAUACGUGACUCAAUAUUUUCGACAUCUGCAACCACAGCUAAAAAAUUUCAAUCUCUCAAAAAUGGCCUCACUAGUAAGUUCAAAACAUCUACAACGAAUAUAGACAAAGUUACCGUGUUCGUAAGAAUGCUUCAAGGAUGGAAAAGUCAUGGCCCGGUGCCGGAAAUUCCUACACCGAGCGACACCGGCACUGGAAAUGAAAAAAGUUACCCUGAAAGACGACAUUCGCGAGAGGAUGGGUCCGAUUCAUCAAAAGAUAGUAGCUUGCAAAGCGACACAAGUGUAGACUCUGAAGACAGCUUUGCAUCUGUAAUAUAUGUUCCUAAAGCAGACGGGUCGGGAGAUCCACUAUCGCCAACCCCACUUUCUCCUGGACCAACGUCACCAAGGUUAAAAGUAUCAUCGGUACCAACAUCUCCUAGAAUGAAAAGUUCACCAGGUUUACCUUCACCAAGAAUAAAACAAGCGUUUCCAUUGAUUCGACCACCCACUUCACCGGGGGUAGUGCCUACUCCGGGAUCAGUUAAUAAAAUACUCGUAGCGCAGUAUAGCUUGAAAAAUUAUUCCACAACAAAUUCCUUUUGUGCAGCAUCCAUGAAACCUCAAUCUAAAAGUCAACCCAACUCACCACCUAAGUCGGAGUCAGAUGAAAAAAUUACGAAACCUGAACUCCAACCAAUCAUAAAUAAAGAUAUAACGAUGGAAGUAUUUGAAGAAAUUGAUCCUAUACCACCAAUAAAAGAAGAAGAAGAAAUUACUACUCCUGAAGUGACAAAAGAACUUAUUGCUGAAAUAAACAAAGACAUUGAGGAAAUUCAUAAAUUAACUGCUGAAACAAAUCAACUAAAACCAAGAAUUGUCCUACAAGAUAUCAAGCCUUAUCCUAAAAUUACAUUACAAACUGUCGCGGAACUACCAGAAAUACCACAAUUUAGGCCUAAAGAGCCAUCUAAGUCACCGACCGAUACCCUUGAUUCCAGAUCAUCAGAUAGAAAAAGGAAGGAUAGGAUACGCCAAAUAAAGGAGAUGUUGAACAAAGGCAUUCCUGGGGCAAAUAUUGGCAGGCGUCCUCCGUUCCCAAUAGUGCGAACUAGUAAAAUAGAGCCUAGCGCGAAAAGUCACCCUAAAUUACUUAAUUUAGAACUGUUCAACCCGGCUAUUGACGACAUAGAUAGCGACUCUAGUGGAGUGUCUUCACCUGAUUCCGUAGAUAGCGUCAUAAGCGUCAUUCCUGAUGACCUACGCAAAACUGCAAUGGAAAAAGAUUCAUUACCCGUUGAAAUCAAAGAAGAAACCUCUGACAUAACAACCGAAAAGUCACCAUCAAUAUCGCCAGCCCCACAGACUUUGAUAGAAGCUGCUGCGGAAGUUGCACACUCUUUAGAUGAAACUUGUGAGACUGUGAUUCAGUCAAGUCCAAGAUCUAAAAGAAAACAUAUAGAGAAGCUGGAGAGCGCAGAAGCGGUGGCCAUAGUUCAAGGAGCCUCUAGUAGCAGUAGCAGUAGCAACUGGAGUUUAAAUAAACUUUCCCCUGGUGAUUUACGAAUGUUGGAGGACAGGUCACGAUCACAUUCUCAUACCAGCUCGAGUGGAAGUUCUUCGAGUUUAGAACGCCUUUCUCCUGGGCGAAGAUCUAAAGAUCGAUCACCAAAACUAGGAAGUACCAGUAAUUCUACUUGGAGCCUUAACAGAUUGUCACCAAACAGGCCUGAAGGACGGUCUCUUGAUGAUAAUUUGGGUAAAAGUCACAGAAGUCCAACUAGAUUACCAUAUGAUUCCGUUUCUAUGUCCAGCACUGAUUCGGAAAAAUCUAUUUCUAAGUCAGAAAGCUUUAACCGGAUUCAAAACGAACCUCUCGUGACCUGCAAAUCUGACAUGCUAGCAAAAGAAGAUGACUGGAUGGAUCAACAGGAUCAUAAUCAACAUCUAACUGAAUUCGCUGAAAAACUUAGCGAGAAAUUAUUACAAGAGAUCGAUCAAUAUUCAAAACGUAUUAAUGAAGAAGACUUCGACUUGCCAAGCAGUAGCAGUAGCGAAAAAAGUAUUUCUCUGAGAUUAAAAAGAGAAGAAGAAGACAGAAAUACUCAAAAAAUAUUGGAUGAAUUGUCUGACAGCUUACAACAUCUGGAAGAUCCUUACCAUAAUAAAUUUAUAGCUGAGAAACAAGGUUUAACUAAGACAGGCACAGACGUACAUGAGCGGAGUAAAUACAUUGCGGCAUUACACGACGCUCAAGAGACUGACAUUAACAAAUUGUUUCCAAAAUGCGGUUCUAAGACUAAAAGCAAGAAGAGGUCGAAAGAUGUUGAUCCUAUUAUCAAUAAGUACAGAGAACUGAAGAAAACUCUAAAAGUUACAAGUGACGAAGAUAUUUACCUAAACAAUUGUGCCAACAUACAAUACAACGUAAAACCUACUAUUGAUGAAAAAUUAUCUGAUACAGAGACAAAGAACCCGGAUGAUGACAGUGCCAUUUCCUCGAGUAAUGGUAACCCUGAAAUAACCAUCGACUCUGGCGCUUAUGAUACAAGUCAGUCCCUUGAAACAGGCUAUUCUUUGGAGUCUGAAAUAAGCGUAGACUCUUUGUGCACCAGUACCGAUAAACGUUCCUCUCUGAAAGUGGGACAAUCUACAGACUCCAGUGAUUUAGACAAGAUGGAAAUAAGCCCAGAGUCAAUUACUUCACGGUCCAGUACAAGUACUGCGCCCCUUAGAUCUGGUUUCUCGAUUGAGUCAAGUGACACAUCCGCUGGUAGCGACUGGAGUCGAAGAGAUAAGACUGGGAGCACGGCAUCGCUGGGUUGUGCUAGCUUAGCAUCCCUGCCUUCUUGCAGCGAAUGCUCAAAGGAGAGAAAGUUGCUGGAAACCCGCUCCUCUUCGGAAGAUACAGCUACGGCACCGGCUGUACCCUCGCGUGCUGCACCUCAUGCACCUUUAUUGCCUUCUUUGAGCGACGGCUCGGACAGCCUGCCAUCAGAAGGAGGUGCGGUAACGUACCAUAGGUAUUAUCACGUGUUCAAGAGAGGUGAAUUAGACCAGCUAAUUGAAAAAUACGUGGAGAGCCUCCACGUUGUGUCUUCAUACUAUGACCAGGCCAGUUGGUGUGUAAUAGCAGAAAAAGUACAAGUUUGGACCAUUUAACUGUCAUAUGUUCGCGUUUCCUGAUUUAGGGGCUGGUGGAGGCUAAUAAUUACUAUAACAUUUUACGACGAAAUCUUAUGAAAUAGUGACGAUUGAAGCAGACUAUAAUACAUACAAUUGACACUUAUAAGUGCAGUGAUUACAUCCAAGUGACCUUCCUAACGAACUCUUAAGUGAGUGUUAAGGACAUUCAUAAAAAAUCUAGAUACAUAACUGAAGGUGUAAACGGUUUGCAAAAAUAUCAACAGCCAAGCUUUUGUUUUUAAUAAUAUUCUAGUCACUCUAUACUGGUUUCAUAGUUGUUAUCUAUAUAAUCUUGAAAUUUAUGGCCCAUCGUCGCAAAACAUGGUCGAGAGUGCAAUCUUAGACUGUAUUUUGUUCAGAGGCACUUAUAGUAUUCAAUGCGAGAAUAGUACUUGCAUAAAAUGAAAACUAAGAGCUUUAAAUAGUGGAAACUUAAUAUAAAUAUAUACUUCAGAGGCUCAAUAUAAUAUAAGCUAUCCAUAGCUUAUUUACUGUAUCUAACAUUCACGUUUACUUACAUACAAUAAUACAGCUAUAUACAAUAAUAUAUCUUCCUUAAGUUGGUGCGUUCUUAUAUACCUAACAUUGACCGGACUAAAAUUUGUUACAUACAUAAUGCCAGUACUAUCUAAGUGCAUAAAGGUAAUGAUGUUGACUUCGUUGCUCCCAGUUCCUAACCAAAUAAUUUGAUAGAUGUUUGUCCCUUAUAUACUAAUAGAGAGUGACAAGGAUGACCGUUAGUAGAUCUGUCACAAUAUUGUUUAGAAUAAAAAAUGUACGAAACAGAAUUG